AUGCUAUUUUACGCCAUCCUUUUCUCUGAUUGCGUCGGGCCACGUCUUAGUGCAAUAGUCAGAAGAUGUGUAGAUGAUUUACGAAAUUUCAAAAAUGAAGAAUUCGCUCACGUACCUCAAGGUCGUCUCUCUGCGAUCGAUUUUCAGAAUGCUAUUAGCAAAGUUCAAGUUGCGUUUCAAGUACUUGGUCUUCCCACUGCAAAAAUUCAAGACCUUAGAUGUCAGAAAACGUUUCCAACAAACGAUUUAGCAAAGGUCCUCAAAGAAGUUGAUAAUCUCAAACAAGAAGUCCAACAGCUGAGGGAACUAAUUAAUUCCAGUGACAACAUUUUGGAUCCUGGAAGCGACAAAUCACAGCUAGCUGGCCUCGUAGCUAAGAGAUUCUUCGACGACCUCAAAGAAAAUCCAGGUGGGUCUUCAUUUCCUCACGGAGUGCUUCAACUCGCCACCGUGCACACUUUGCAUUGCUUACCUGCCAAGAUCUCCUUUUUUUUCGUAUGUUAAGUAUUUUUUUUAUUUACUGUAUACAUUUUGGUACCCUCUAAGUAGUUUCCAAAUGUACUUAAAAAUUUCUCGAUCCCCGUAUUAACCAUAUCUUCCGCAUUACGCCUGUUUUGUUUGUUUGUUUGUUUUUUCAGCACAACAGCGAAUGUAAAUUUCGACUAAUGAGUACAUAUUGAGAGGCUUUUAACAAGAAGCUUAUAGAUUUUAAACUUUUGUAAUUGAAGCAAGCAUUGUAAGACGUAAGAUUACCAUCAGUACUAGCUGUCGUUUACAAUGGUCAGUUCAAUUACUCUAGACGUUCGGGUAUUAAAACCGUAAAGACAAAACUCAACCUGUUAAACUAACAAUAUCUAAGGGCUGAUUUCUAAAUCACUAUGGUGGCCUAAAAGGGCCAUAGAGGUUUUGGUUAUCCUUUGUUAUAACUUUUCUUAAUCUUUUAUGUUUUCAUUGUCCUCCGAUUUUUUCAAAUUUCCUAUUUAUUUAGGGUUUGUUUUAUUUUAACUGUACUUGUUUCUAACGUUCCCUUGUUUUUAAACUUUUCUUAAUAUUUACGGUAGUUUUAUUUCUCUUUUUAUUUUUUAAAAAUAUCAAUUUAUAUUUCAUUUAACUUUUUAUCAAGUUUAAUCUCUAAUGACUUCUAACCCUCUAAAAAUAGGAGUUAUGAAAAAAUGUGAAAAUGUGUAGAACAUACAGAGCUAGAAAUAAUUCACCUGAUAAGCUGAAAACUUUGAAUUCGAUUCAUCCUUUCUUUCAACAAUUCGUUGCUUCCUUCUUUGUUUGUAGAUAAUUGAUUAGAAAAAUUAACUUACGUUAGUGUUAUGCUUAUUCUUGAUGAUAUUUAUAACAAUCUGAAUCUACGCAUUUACCUUGGUAUUCGUCGGAGUAUCUGAUAUCCCAUUUAUUGGAUAGAAAUUAAGCAGUAAUUUGAGGCACCCUACAUUAGGUCAAGCAAACGUCACAUUGAUUAUCGCAUCGAAGACCUCUUUUAUUUCAACCAUAGUUUGAUAAAAUUCUCUGACUUGUAACUGGCUAUGCUCCGAACAUGCCUCGUGAUUAUCAAAAGUAUCAUCCCCGUCUAACUGCGAACAGCUUGCCGUUGCAACCGCCUCAAUACAAUGUGCAUUAUUUUAUGAUUCCAAUUACACAAGCACUUUAUACGCUUUGUAAAAAAAACAUUAUAAAAACAUGUUUUCACCUUUUUUUCUUAGUUCCCCCAGAAAUUAUUGCUAGAGGACCCUUGCACGUAGCUGCCUACAACAAGGCUCUAGAGGAGGGAGAGACUCGUGUCAUGAGGUUGCCAGUUAUGCUCAUUGGACAAGCGCGAUCUGGAAAAACAAGUUUGAAGAAGUCUUUGAAAAAACAAAAGUUCGAUGAAAAAGAGCCGAGCACUGAUGGAAUCGAACGUGAUCCCUCUUACUUCAGUGUGACAAAUGAGAUUAUGAGUUCAGAGGAAACAGAAGAGGAGCAGGAUGUUGAUUCUGAAGUUUCUUUCCGUAAGAGAAUAGCAAAACCCAUGUUAGACGAAUUUAAGGAAAUCUCAAAGAAAGAUGCAUCAUUAGAAAUGAGUGAAAGAAACCUUGUUUCUUCUAACAGUUCAAAACUAGAAGAAUCUGAUGCUAAAAAAGGCAUUCUCGCACUAGCGGAAGAGAACGUCGCUGGUCCGAGUGAAGACCAGCCAGAAAAGCUGUUUGAGACUAAUAAAGAAUCAAGCGACAGAAAACGUUUUGAAGUCCCAAUACAAACGGCAGCUUGUUUUGAGAAAAUAGUUAAUCAAUCCAAUAUAGAAGAUGAUAGUAGAAUUUAUUUCACUCUCUGGGAUUUUGGGGGUCAAUCAGUUUACUACGCCACCCACCCAAUAUUUCUCACUGGAAAAGCAAUUUAUCUUUUAGUGUACGAUCUUACCAAAGAUCCAGGUGGCAAAGCCGAUUCCAUUGAAAGGCAAGGUGUUUUUGGGCCCAGGGUGGACAGCGACUGCGGAAAAACCAAUAAAGAUUAUCUUCGCUGUUGGAUGUCCUCAGUCGCUGCUUUGGAAAGCCAAACUACGGGGCACUCCAAGUCCACAAGCUCUGGAAAUUUACCAGAGAAGCUUCCCCCAAUUAUCUUAACGUGCACUCACUCUGAUCUUGUUGGAUCAAGAGUGACAGCCAAAACGACAGCAAGCAAAAUAUAUGGCUCUUUGCGACACAAGUUUUACAGUAAACAUUUGUACAAAAAGUUCUUUGUGGUAGACAACACGAAAUCUGGCAGUGCAGAUGAGUGCGAAGGGGUCGGUGAAUUAAAGGGAGAACUUCUUGCACUUGCAAAGCAGCUGUCACACAUGCAAAAGCCCAUCCCACUCAAGUGGUUGCUUUUUGAAGAGGCACUCAAAGACAAAGUCAAGAAAGGUCAACCUUUCAUCUCUCUUGAUGAGACAAGAAAAGUUGCAAGUGAAGAAUGUGGAAUUUAUGAGGAUCAACAAUUUGAGACGUCGUUAAUUUUCUUACACGACCAGAGAAUUUUGAUACAUUUUCAUGAGACGCAAGAGCUGAAAGACAUAGUAAUCUUAGACCCCCAGUGGUUGAUUGAUUUGUUCAGGAAAGUGAUCACCGUUAAACCCUAUGAGCCUGUAUCAGAUGAAGAGCAGUAUGAAGAACUGUGGGAAGAGCUUGAGAACGAUGGUAUCCUGAAUGGUAAACUUAUAGAGAUUGUAUGGGGCUCCCUCGUUAACAAUAAAACUAAAGAGAGUCUUAUUGCUAUCAUGGAGAAAUUUAGCCUAUUGUGUCACUUGCCUUCCCAAGACAAGGAGAAACAACUAUAUCUCGUGCCAUCCAUGUUGAUGUCUCUUUCAGAAGAUGAUGCAAAUGAGCUUCUUGCAGAUGCUCCCAUUUGUCCUCUUUUUGUACGAUUUAGACGCCCAUCUGGUUCAGAAAUUGAAUAUGUUCAGAUGCCUCUUGGAUUUUUCCAACGACUUGUUGUGAAGUUUCUUAAUUGGUGCAUCCAUCAAGAAUUCACACCAUUGUACGAAGAUAUGUACCAAAACUUCGCAAGGUUUCCUAUUCGCCCGGAAGGCUACUCAGUCAUACUCCGUUGUCAUUCCUCUUCUCUCCAGGUUGUUGUUUACAGAGAUCCAGAUACUUCAAAUGACCAGUCGGAUAUGUCCGUCUGUGAUAUUGUGUUAGAGCAACUGGGAGCAAUUCUUCAAAGCUUGCGUGAAGAGUGUUUUUGGUUGAAUACCAUUCAAUACGAGUAUAGUGUAAUCUGCUCAGUUUGUUGUCAGCAAGAAUCAGGCAAGUAUUACUGUAAGGAUCGUAAAGAAGAAGAAUUGCUUCACUUCUGGACAGAGUCCAAUUUGCAAGAUGAGCAAGCACGAAUUUGCAGGAAAAAGACCCUCGCUAAAAGGGACACAGUUUCAGUGGAAAGGUUUGCAGUUUGGUUUACGUCCCUAAGAAUGCAGGUGAGGUAACUGCUUGAAAAUUUUACUUUAAAACUUUUUGAUAUGAGCACCCUUUUCUCAAUGUAAACAAUUAUUAAGGUGUUGUGUUAAAACAAAAUUGGAUGAGAAGUCGUUAAAUUUUUUUAUCAUAUUUUUUAUAUGAGAACCUUUUUAGUGGAUAGUUUUUGUUAAUUGUGCAGCCUUGUGAUUCCCCGUUUGAAAUGAAAAAGUUCCGAGAUCAUUUUGAUAUACGCUGAAAGUACUCUUCGAUGAGAAGGCAAGGUUCUUACAAUCUUAAUACAUGCAUCAUGGAUACAUGAUUAAUAUUAUUGUGAAGCAUUUCGGCCCGUUUCUUAACGUCAGUAGGUUGUGUCGAGUUUUUUAAAUACUUAUUUUGGUUCAUUUAGUCGGUUAGGUAACCUACGUGGUUACUUCAAAGUUUGAAAUUUCAAAGUGCUAGUUUGUUAACGUCUAGACUUGUUUUCACGAUUGUGACUGAUUUUUUAAAUUACUUGAUAGUGACGUUUUUCUGUGGGAUUAAGGUUCCGCUGUUUGCUAGUCACGUAAAUCAAAUUAUUUAAAGUAUUGUGCGUUUUCUUAUUUUCCUAAUUAUAAUGAAGUUCUUCUCUGUGACUGCUUUCAACAGGAGCAGAGUAUUGAUGCAAUGCAGCGUAUCUCUGAAGGUGACUGCUUUUGUUUCCGUCUUAACCGAAACGCCAGUAUUACACGUUUAUGGUAACGUUUCAGAUAUAGCUGUUUACUGAUCAAUUACCGCACACUCUCACCGCUCCCUAAAUAAAGGGCUCAUGUUGGCCCAGCAAACUGUUUUGCACGCUUGUGUUUUUGUAUCGAAAUAUGAAAAAUAAUUUAAAAAAUUGUACAAAUACUGCAACAAGGCUUGAAAGUCACACGUUAACGCUAUUAAAAAUAGGUUUUUUUCUCGAGUUGCUACCUUGGCGUAAACGUGCAUUCGCUAGAAUUCCUGCGGCCUUGUUCUCCGGGGCCUUCUGUCUUCUUAAGUGAGAAGUUAUAGAGGGGAAAUAGUCCGGAUAGAAGACUCCAAACAAAAGGCUCUACUAAUAACUUGGUCCCUUAAAAGUUGCGAGAGUUUAUUUUGCUCAUCCUAAGAACUCCACCCAUCGGAAUAGAAGACUCGAAACAAAAGGCUCUUGUUCUCUUAAAAGUCGCGUUAACUUAAAACAAAUACGUACGUUUGUUUUACUUUGAAAAGGAGGGGGGAAGUGUCCCUCGUGUCCGCUUAAGACGGGAUGGCUGCUCAAAGCUUCGCGGUAUCUGUCAAUUAAAUACGUAUUUAUACUUUUCUCAAUUAGUUGCUUUUAUUUAUUUACGCAUUCGUCUAUUGUCAAACUCAAAAAACGGGCAACAACUGAAAUAUUUCAGGGAUUUUUUUAGGGUGGUGACCAACCACAACAGGACACGCAAGCAAGCCAAAAAAGCCUCAAGCAAAUUGCCGUUGUUGCUUGUAGUUUAGUUUUCUCACGCCUGGUUGGCAUUUUCCUUCAAUCACACAUUCUCAGCUAGAAAUAUUUCUGGUGUUCACUAUAUGUUCUAUGUUCACAAUAACUCAAUCCUUUGCAACUAAUUAGAAUACUUUUUUUUUUAUCAAAGCCUGUGCAAGUGGCCCACCCGAGGUUUCUGUUACUUUGCUGAAGAAUCAGAAUCUUCCCGGAAAGUCGGAACCUUUAGAUGAGGACCAAAUUCCAAUCGACAUUCUGUUACUGACGGUGGAUGAUUGCGAAUUUCUUGGCUGUCUUUCAUUUCUAAACCCCUCUUUCAGAAAAUUCUACGGAGGCGAUGACCUUGGCCUUGUGUAUCUGGGAGAUACGGGAGAAGAUCGAUCGAAACUGAAAAUUGCUGUCAUGAAAUGUCACAGGGGAUCCAUCAUGCCGGGAGGUUCUUCAGUUUCUGCAAUGGACGCUAUCGAAGUCUUAGGGCCCAAAGCUGUGUUCUCUGUGGGUUUCUGUGGUGGCUUAGAUUCCACCAAAGUCAAGCCUGGAGACGUGGUAGUAUCAGAGAAAUUGAUAACAUAUUCCCCUUCCAAAGUUACAAGGGAUGGAAUCAAAGAGACUGGUGUGAAAGUUCCCUUGAAAUCCCGUCUUUUGGGGUUGAUCCAAUAUGCUGGAGAUGGCUGGAGUGCGCCUUUGAAAAAUCCCAAAAAGCAGGAGGAGGUGAAAAUAUAUUGCGGGGCGUUUCUAAGCGGACCAGAGGUGAUUGAAGACAAUAAGCAGUGUAUUGUACUUCGAAGCCGAUUUCCAGAGGCUCUUGCUGUCGAAAUGGAAGGGGAA